AAAAAAAUUAAAAAAACCAUAAAAAUUGAAAUUAAAGUCAAAAGAUUUUUCUCGAAAUAGAAAUAAAAUUUGGUAGCAAUUAGGAUGAAGAGAGCAUUAUUUUUAUUAGCAAAAUCACCUUUGAUUAAUAAUAGAACAUCUUACAUAUCUAAAUUAGGAUUUAACUGCAAUUAAUUCAAAAAGUUUGAAUUAUUUAAUAAAUCAUGUUUUUAAUUCAGUUCUUCAUCUGGAUAUGAAGCUUUCAAGCAAAUUUAAGAAGUCGAAAAGCAAUUCUAGGAAGCUAUUCACAAUAAAAAUUAUGAAAAAAGUAUUCAAUUCCUUGAAGAGAAGAUUAAACUUAAAGUUUCCUCUCCUAAUAGUUCUCUUUUGAAUGAUUAUAGAAUGCUUGGUGAAAUAAAUUAACAUUUAGGUAAAGGCUAAGAAGCUUUGAAUGCAUAUGAAUAAGCAUUAAAAUUAUCAAUUAAAUUAGAAUCAAAAGAAAUUUAAGCUCUAUCUCUCGCCGAUAUCGCUGGCAUAUAUUAUCUUACUGAAAACUACUAAUAAGCUGUUGGGUAUUUUGAAGAAUCUAUUGCUCUUCUUAAGGAAGUCAAAGGAGAAGUUCAUCAAGAUGUAGGUAUGGGCUUACUUAAUUUAGGUGAAAGUUUAGUUAAAAAUUAAGAUGGAAACAAAGCCAUUUAAGUUUAUGAUGAAGCCAAAAAUAUAUACAGCAAACUACUUGAAAAUGACAAAUUAGAUUAAAAUACUGUCUUUGAAUUCAGCAGAAACAAAGGCUUGGCUUGUGACGCCUUAGGUAGCUUAAAGUUAUAAGUAGGAAACUUUUAAGAAUCACUAGAAGACCUUUAGACUGCUUUAGGAAUUUAUGGAUAAUAAUUUGGACCUGAAGAUCCUAUACUCGUAGGAACUCUCACUAAUUUAGCCAUUUUAUAUUAAUCUUUUAGAAGGGAAGAUGAUGCUUUAAAAAUUUAUUAAAGGGCUCUAAGAAUUGUUGAUACCCAUUAAAAUAGAAUUCAACCUCAUGAAUAUCUCAGUUUGAUGUUGGGAUGUGCUAAAUCUUACAAUAAUUUAGGGAGAUUCAGAGAAGCUGUUGAAAUGUUUGAUAAAUUAGAAAAUGCCACUAAAGAUUUCUAAAAAAAUAAUUAAUCUCUCCUUCCUAUGAUCAAGGGUCAUAAAGGAUUUUUACUUAUUUAACUUGAAUAAUUUGAUUAGGCUAAAGAAUAAAUUUAAGAAGGGUUAAAAAUUCUAGAAAAUGCUGAAUUUAAUAUUUACAAAGCCAUCCUCUAAACAUAACUUGCUCACAUUUUGCUGCUUCGUGAAUAAUAAUUUUAAAAGUCUUUUGAACUCGCUAAAGAAUCUUACGAUUACAUCUCUAAGUUGAGAAAAGAUGAUGCAAACUGUGGUGAUUGCCUUCGUAUUAUGGGUUUGGCUACUUCUGCUUUAGGAAAUAAAGAAGAAGCCAGAAAGUAUUUAGCCUAAUCUUUGCAGAUCUUAGAAAAAUCAGGCGAUAGAAGUGAUGAUGUCAACAAGGUUAAAUAAGAUCUUGAAAAUAUUUCAAAAUGA